UUCGAAGUCAACGUUACCGAUUCGACUACUGAAAUGGCCGAUCUUACGGUUAAUAUCGGUCCAACGACCUUUAUGUGUAUUCUAUAUGUUGUAUUAGGAAUUGUCUCGGUAUUCUGUAAUAUACUUAAUCUAAUGACAUGGCUAACAAAUCGAGAGCUGAGGCGAAAAUACGUCUAUUUGAUUGCACUGGACGCCAGUGAACUUGUGAAUGCCAUCAGUUACAUUCUGGUUGGAUCAGGUCGAGGAUUGGCUCUGAUUGGUGGUUACCUAGCUUCACCUAUCAUUGUACGGCAAUGCUUUUUCGAGAAAUACUGGCCGCAUUCUCUGAUUCUCGGCACGGAACUGCCAGCAUUUGUGAUAAUCCUGAUUUCCUGCGAACGUUUAUGUGCUAUACUUAGUCCAGCCAUGUAUAAUCGUAUUUUCUUGGGACAUUCAAAGAUAGCUCUGCUAGCAAUGGUACCGAUUGCCGGCUUAAUUUCUGUCACCAUCGGUGGGCUGAGCACUAUUGGAUCAGCUGGUGAUAUUGUAGCUACCACUCAACACUGUGCUAUUAUUAGCAGUACGGCUAUUUGGUACUCAACGUUUCAUUUUGUUUUCAUUGUGUUUGCAUACGUGGUAUCGUUCAUAUCAAUAUUCACUGUAAGGAGAAUAUCAAGGAAAUACUCCCAAGGAAAAAUCGGUGGUGAUAGCCGGAUGGGAGUGAUGUUGAUUAUUACCGGAUCGUCCAUAAUUCUUAUCGGAUCUGAAUCGAUAGUGAUGUUGUUUAUCCGAUGGAAUGUGAUGAAAUUCAGUGAUAUGGUAGUCGCGAUCACCUACGCCAUGCCAGGAUUCCUGUCAAUUCUAAAUACAGUAAUCAAUCUGAUAUUUCGCCCCGAAUUUCGCAAUCAGCUGUUUCAUAUUAUUGGCGUCGGGAGUGGACCACAUGCCUCUCGUUCUGCGUGGGCCAGCAAGACAAUGGCCCCUACACGAAUGAAACCUUCUCCUACAGUACAGACGGUUCCCAGUUGA